AUGGGCUUUGAUAUGCAACAACAGAUUUAUCGAGCUUAUAGGAUGGGGCUGGACUCAUGUAAUACUCAAACUUUACAGGCGGAUAAUUCAUGCCCAGGACAUCUUCACGCAAUCAAGCAUACCCCCCUCGCCAUCAAGCAAGGCAUGCUUUUGUGCCAUGUUUGUGGCGUAGUUAAGCAUACCAGGUUCUCGAACAUCCUUGCGCGUCUCAGCGGCAAUCAAUGUAUCCGGAAUAGGAAGGGUUACGCACCCGUGACAUCGCCUUCGUUGCGCCCCCUUCCCCCCAUUCUGCCCUGCGUGCGCACGGAGUCGACUCUAUCUGUUGACAAUUCGAUUAUCAAUUCUCAUCCGCGAACAGCGCUGUUCAUCCCACGGGCUCAGUCGAUCCCAGAACCAUUGGAACUGGAAGAAAGACAACUCAACUCUGGCGAAGCGGAAUUCCCACAGAUAGUAAGCCGAAGCAUCCGGAAAGUGACACCAGUCACGGCGGGUUGGAAACUAACGACUCUGGAUUUCCUUAUCCAGAACCGCAUGGCCGAUGGGUCGGUCAUGCGAAAAUCAGAGAUUGUUCAUUACCCCCCAGCACGUCCACGAUACUCCGUGUCCGGUUCUUCGUCCUAUUUAUGUCCAGCUCUCGCACUUGGUCUCUGGGCAAUUGACCCUUCCCGGCUUGCUGUCCGUCCUCCAUUCCAAUCAGACUCUCCUCCUGCCCUCAGAUCCACUUACCACAUCUUCCUCCGUGAUCUACAAGGUCAUCCCCAUACAUCUGAGUUUUCUCGAUGCACGAAAAUCAGUGGACUGACAGCUGCCGCUCAAACAGGCGAAUCCGACUUCUCCACUUUUUCCCCGCCUUAUCCGGAUUGUAUUCCGAGCCUACGCGCCAUCCCCAGAGAUUGCUAUUGUCUGCUUUGGUACGCUUGA